AUGAGUGGUGCUCCCCAAGUUCCCCCUGGAAUAGGAAAAUCCUCCGAAGCAUGGCCCGCCCAGCCACCGCAAAAACCUCGCCGAAAAGUGACAUUGUGGUUCCUCACAGUUGAGGGUUUUGAAUAUUUCAAAUUAUAUUUGGCUACUUGCUGUAAUCACUGCUAUGUGUAUUUGGUGAAGGAGGGUCUCAUCUGGGUGGAAAGAAUAUUUUGGCUUAUCCUCAUAGCUGUAUCGCAUUAUGCCUCAAUUUAUAUUGCAAUGCAAUCGAUUGAUCGUUUCCUAACGAAAAAUGCCUAUAUGGGUAUUGAGCGAGACUAUUUCAGUUGGAAUACUUCGUUGCCGAGCUUGACUAUAUGUCCCAUGGAGCGUUUGGAUCGGGAGCUUUUCAAUGAAUAUUGUCAAUCCCAUUACAUUACCGGCAAAAAUCAAGACGACCUCUGGGAUCUGCUGGAACAUCUGGCCAAUUCGACUUAUAUGAAUUUUCAAGAUAUUCCCAAUCAUAGUAGCUUGGAUCGCACCCUUGAUAAACUGCAGUUAAAACCGGAUAAAUAUAUGGAAUUAAUAUAUAAUCUGACGGUGGACCAUACCCUAAAUCCUGUCGAUAAGCUGAGAAUACGUUGCAUCGACAAUGAUGAAUAUAUACACUCCCGACAAGUGCUUACCGAAUAUGGCCUCUGUUAUUUAACGAACAACAAUAUUGAUGAUCGCUAUUCGUCGAAGUAUUUGCUAUUCGGGGUGAUGCCCGAACCAAAUGAAUAUGAAAUUAAACAUAAUGUCCGGAAGAUACAAAUGGGUUCAUAUCCGGAUAAAUAUAUUGAUUUUAAUUUUAUUGGUUUCCAGUCACCAAUUGAUGUCUAUGCCCAUAGCUCCUAUGAGGUCAUGAAGGUGGACAAUAAUUAUGGUUAUACCACUGAAAAUCUCUACUACGAACCCUUCUCACCGGAAAUCACCACGGAUCAUAAUUUUGAAACGGGAGCCAGUGUCCGCCAAAGGAACUGCCGUUUCAGCCACGAGUCUAAUCUAACCCAUUUUCCGAUUUAUACGAAAAAUAUUUGCAUGCAGGAGUGUCGUUUAAAUUUGGUCUACAAAAUGUGUAAAUGUAUACCGCACUUCUAUCCCAAUCGACUUCUAAUACCCAAACCGGUUUGUGAUUUUAAAACCCUCAGAGAAUGUAUGCCGCAGCAUGAAGCUUAUUUUCUGAAAUUAUAUCGGGAGAGACCCAAUAGCAAUAAACUGGACAUGGCCCCGUGCUAUUGUGAACAGAACUGCAAGGGAUCGGUAUUGAGUCUUAAGGUUUCGUUAUAUACCCGCUCAAAACAACUCUAUGGUAGUUAUGGUGCAACAAUGACGGAAAAGGAAUGGCCCACUGUGCGCUAUAAGCGAGAGAUUUAUUUGACAUUUACCGAUUUAAUGGUUUACAUUGGUGGUACGGCCGGAUUUUUCUUGGGCUUUAGUGUAUUGGGCGCCAUUGAGAUUUUCUAUUUUUUCACAAUGCGUUUACUGUUCCAUUUGUUUGGCUAUAAAAUAUAA